GCCAGCCAGCCAACCAAACAAAAGCCGGAUCAACAAAAACCAAACGCUACCCAAUUCCCCUUCCGCCUCCGCUCGCCGCUCGCCGCCCCGCCCCGCCGCUCGCCGCAUCUCAGUCAGCAGCGAUGGCGGCGUAUCGCCCCCCGCUCCGCCACCUAGCGGCUCUGCUGAACGGCCGCCUCCGUGCGAACCACCGCCUCCUCGCCUCAUCCACAGCCGAGCGAGCGUCGGCUUCGGCGUCGCCCGCGGAGCCGGAGGCCGUGCUCAUGACGGAGGGCUGCGUUCGGAGACUAAAAGAGUUGCAUGCUAAAGAACCAUCUUCUGAAGGUAAGAUGCUGCGAGUAAGCGUCGAAGCUGGUGGAUGUUCAGGAUUCCAAUAUUCUUUCUCCCUGGAUAACAAGGAAAACUCAGACGACCGGGUGUUUGAAAAAGAUGGUGUUAAGUUGGUUGUGGAUGACAUCUCAUAUGACUUCGUGAAAGGUGCCACUGUUGAUUAUGAGGAGGAACUUAUACGUUCAGCCUUCGUGGUUUCAACAAAUCCAAGUGCAGUUGGAGGAUGCAGCUGCAAGAGUUCUUUCAUGGUCAAAUAGUUUCAACUCUAUUAGCUUGAAGAGAUAGGUAACCUGUCAUAGCAUUCUGUGGUGAAAUAUAGUUCAUUGAUACACGUGUACAACUGGUAUUGUUGGCAGUAACAGAGAUAUUCCUGUAUGAAUUUUGUCACUCUAAGAAAUAUUGUCACCAGAUCUUGAUUUAUUUGCUCCUACCUUGUGAUGACAAGUUUUGUACAUUGAUCAUCUGGCCUUUGUUGCUUCUUCUUGUAAUAAUAUUGAUAUGCCUGAAUAUAUUUGAGAGUUA